AGGACGCACCUACUUCGGAACCAGGUGCGUCGACGGCAGCUUCAGCAACGAGGACUACUUGGCGCUCAAUCUGCUCGGCAAGACUUUUCGAUACACCGUCGACCUCGCCGGGGCUGGCUGCGGCUGCAACGCGGCGCUGUACCUGACGUCGCUGCACCAGAACGACCAGGUGUCCGAGUGCGAGGACUACUACUGCGACGCGAACAACGUGUGUGGCCCGCCGCCCGCUCCACACGAGAGGGUGCCGUUCUGGCUCGACUCGGGGUUCGGGAGCACGACCGACUCGCGCAGGUUCGGCUCGGCCCUCUUUUGGCCGCCGCAGCCAGGGGGGUUGCGUGUCACAUCGGCCGCAUUCGCUUGCAUGGCAGCUGUUCUGGCUGGUUCUGCGCCCUCCAGGGAGGGCAUGGACGCCCCCUGGACCACCGUGCCGCGCCCUUCGCCCGUGCGAUACUGCGGGUGGUGCGCGGGACCCCUCGGGCGAGGGGAGUCGCUGGCCCUGGCCGAGGGCGGGUCCCUCCUGGAGGUCUGCGAGCUGUGCUACAUCAUCGGUCUGAUUCGGCAGGCGGCGUGGCGCGCCCGCCUCAGCGUGGAGGAGAGGGCGGCGCUGCUCGACUCCGCCCGGCUCCUGGGCGCGCUGCUCUCCGCUCUCGCCGGCCUGGGGCUCGAUGGCGCCGAAGGUGCCGCCGCCUUCCCGCCUGUUGCCCCGGGCCUGGCGGCGGCCGCGGCGGUCGGCCGCGCCGCGGCGGCCGCGCCCGCGGGCGGCGGUGCCGGCGCGCCCGUGGUGCCUGGCCUGGCGGCGCUGCCCGGCCUGCCAGGCUUCGGAGGCGGCGGGGCUGCUGGGGCGCCCCCGGCGGGCGGCGCCGUGCCUGACGGCGGAGGUGCUCCCCCCGGCGGCGUGGGCGCCGCGCUGGUGGGCGCGCUCGCGGGCGGCGGCGGCGGCCCUCCUGGAGGCCCUCCUCCUGGUGCGGUGCCGGGGGCCCCGGCGAUCCCUGGUGUGCCGAUCGCGGUGGCUGGCGGUCCCAUCGCCCCAGCGGGCGGCGCGCAGCUGGGACCACUCGUGGACGGUCCGUGGCGUCAGGCCGUGAUUCUGAUUGGCGCCGACUGGCGCCGAGGGGUGAAUCUCGAGCUCUCGACCUUCGACGCAGCUGGAGGCAUCAGCGGGACGGCCCUCUUCGAGGUAGAGGAGAUCGGCACCACGGGCCCCUCAGGGCAGUACCUGAGCGCCCAGUUCAGGGGGGCGUCGCUGGCGGCCGAGGCGAUGCGGCUGGACGGCCUGUUCCCACCGCGCGGCACCGGGCCUGCGGGCCUCCUGCACUUGCGCGGGCAGGGACCGGCGCUGUGCGGGGAGCCCGCUGUGCCAGGCCGAGGAGUCCUGCAUGUCGAGUGGCUGCGGCUGCGCUCGAACCGCGGGUUCGUGGAGCCGUGGGUGCGGCCGAGCGCCUUCGGUGGGCGCGGCGGUGGCGGUGCCUUGGCGGGGGGCGCCCCAGCCGGGGGCGCGGCCCCCGACCGCCUGGCGGCAGCUGCCGCGGCGCGCGCGCAGGCCGCUACGGCGACGCCUGGCCGCGCUGGUGGCGGUCGCGGCCGCCGCCGCCCCCGGAGCUCCUCGGCCUCUCGCAGCGACGACGACGGUGAGUCGCGUUUUCGCGAGGCCCCCUCCCGCGGCGGCAGCGUACGGCUGCUGGCGGAGAAGCGCCCAGGUGCCCUGUACGACGAGGCGAUGAAGAACAUCGGGCGCGUCAUGGGCCUGCGGGAGGGGGCGGACGGCUCAGAGGUUCGAGCGAAGGUCGUGGGCUACCUGCAGGCCGUGGUGUUCGGCCAUCACCCUCCAGGGCAGAUGCGGAUCAACACUCAGCGGGAGCUGCAGACGCUGGCGACCGCGCUGGACCUCCUGGAGUGUGGGUGCCUGGCGGAUUUGAGCGACGUGUUGAUGCAGCGCUUCAAGGCCCUGGAGCUGUCGCUGUCCGACGCGAGCUGGCAGGUGGCGAGCGAGCUGGAGAUCGUGCCGGACGCGCCGCCCUCGCUGGCCUCGAUGGGCGAGCAGGACCUGGCGCGGCGGGCGGCACUGCUGCGCAGGAGGCUGAUGGACGCGAAGAGCCGCGGCGCCCUCGGCGGCAAGGGUCAGGGCGAGCGCAGCGCGCUCAGGCAGCGCGGGCAGGUCGCCGUCUCCGGGGGCGCUGAGGACGCCUCGAGGACCAGCCCGCGGCUGCGGCGGCAGCGGGCCUGCAGCAAGGUCCGCCGCGAGGCCCGGCCCCCCCGAGCGGCCGCCGCCGUGGCGGCAGGAAGCACCGGGGCCGAGGCCGAGCCGGCAUGUGGUACGGAUGCCGACUGUGACGGUGAUCCGCUGGCAGAGUGGCGCGAGUGGGCUGGCGCGGCGAGUGAUCUUCUGCGAGAACCUUUCGACGUGGGCCCCGUGUUGUUGAACAUAGUCCGCCAGUUCCCAGGCUCCUUCGGUCGCUUCACUAGAUAUUCCCUCGAGGUGAAGCCACGCGAGCAUCCGGCCGACAUGGCAGGUCGGCUUCAGCGAGAUCUGUUGCCGUUACCAUACCCUUCGAUCACCAGGUCCCAGAUCGCCCAGCAGGGCGAGGACCCUUUGAGCGACAAGGAGUGGGAAGGUCGAGCCAACGCCGCGCAGCAGGCAGCCCUGGUCGCUCUCGGCCGCCGCCUCCUCUUGGCUACGCGGGCCGAGUCUGCUUUGCCGCCAGAUCUUGACUGGAACGUGCGGCUGAAGGACCGCAAGAUCGGCUGCGGCGGGGACGAGAUCUCGGCCACGCAUCGGCUGACGCUGGAGCAGGUGCUGGACGGGCUGCCUCCGCCGGGCGUCGCGGCCUCCAUCGAGGCGGCCGACCUCGCGACGGGGUUCGUGCGUGAGGCCCUCCUGGACCCGACGCUGGUGCUGCUGCCCGCUGCCCUGCGGCGGCGCGCGCCGACAUCUGCGCGCGUGUGGGCCUCGCUCGAGGAGUGGCAUCGGAUUGUGCGGGCGCUCCACGAGCGCGGGGUGGUGUCGGCGAUCCCGAGCAGCGAGAUUGCCUGUCGCGACGGAGCCCCGCUCCUGAAUGGGGCGUUCGGGGUGCCCAAGCCCCGCGACGAGCCCGUGGUCUGCAGCGACGGCGAGCGCAGGCCGGUCCUGAGGCUGAUCACCAACCUCAUCCCCUCGAACGCGUGCCAGGAGUGCAUCGUGGGAGACACCCCUGAGAUGCCGACCAUGAGCCAGCUGAACGGCCUGGUGCUGACCGAGUCGGAGGAUCUCCUGUGGAGCGGCGCGGACAGAAAGGCCUUCUUCUACGUCUUCCGCGCGCCGCCUGUGUGGUGGCCUUACAUGGUGAUAGGGCCGCCCGUCCCCUCGGAGUUGCUUGGCCUGAAGGACGGUGGGGCCACGCACAUCUGCCUGCGGGUGAUCGGCAUGGGCUGGAUCAGUGCCGUGGGCGUGACGACCCACCUCCACCGGAACAUGCUGCGGCGGAGCGCCUCUUUCCCUCGCGGCCUGCCGCCCAGCCAGGAGAUUACUCGGCGCCGACGGCUGCCGUUCAGCGUGGAGAAGCCGUGCCCUCCGGCGUGGAUGGUCUACAUUGACAACCUGGAGGUCGCGGAGGUCGUGAGCAAGUCCGAGGCCACGACGCUGCGAGGGACGGUGCCCGAGCUCAUCUCCGAGGCUCGCGCCUGCUAUGCGGCUGCGGGCUCCCCGGGGUCGCCGGCCAAGAUGGCCAGCCUCACGCUGUGGACGCUGAGCAAGAAGCGGGCCAGCAUGCGGCUGGUGCGCAUUCUGCUGGGCCGCUGGGUUCGUGUUCACUGCUUUCGGCGGCCACUGGCGGCCAGCUUUGCCUACACCUGGAAGUGGCUCGGGAACCCGCGCGCUGGCGGCCGCUUCAGCGUGAGCGUGGUCGAGGACCUCUUGAUGUGCCUUGCGCUGUCAGGGCUUUGCGUCGCUGACCUGCGCCUCGAAGUCGACCCCCUGGUGACCGCGUCGGAUGCCUCGGAGGCCGCUGGCGCCGUGGUCUACGGCUACGCCCUCUCCGACCGCGGGCGCGCGCUGGCCGAGAGGCGGCAGCGGCCCGCGAACGCCGCCUGCGAGGAGGAGACCGCCCUCGUGACUGUCUUCGACGGCAUCGGCGGCGGGCGCCGGGCUUUCGAGAUCCUCGGACUGGUCCCUGCCGUGCACCUGUCAUUCGAGGUUGACCCCACGGCGGUGCGGGUGGCCCGGCGCAGCUACCCCAGCACGCAGCACCUGGGGGACGUGACGGAGGCGGACCCGGCGGCCCUGGCAGCCCUGCUGCGCGCCCGAGGCCUCAACGUUGCUCGGCAGGGUCUCGACGACCCGCGCGCGGGCCUGCUUGACCACAUGGUGCGAAUCGUGGACGGGCUGCGGACGGCCAUGCCGGAGGCGUCGAUCGACUUCCUCGGGGAGAACGUCGCGUCGAUGCCCGAGUGCGACGUGCUGCGCCUGAACCAGCUCUUCGGCCGCAUCCCGCUGGAGAUUGAGGCGGGGGAUGUCGGCUGGGUCAGACGUCCGCGGCUCUACUGGGCUUCGUGGGACCUCCUGCCGUCCUUCGAGGCUGAGCCCGUCGUGGUGCGGGCCAAGACCCAGGGCGUUCGGCGCGCCUGCAAGGUGGCGCUGAAGGCGGAGCGGCCGCCGCUCGAGGAGUGGCUCCCGCCCGGGGCUGUGUGUCCGGGUCCCGCUGCAGGGGAGCCGCUCCCGACCUUCGUGCGCUGGGCGCCGCGCUCGCAGCCGCGCCCCAGGCCUGCGGGCAUCGGGGAGUGCAGCGCUGCUGAGCUGGCGCGCUGGGAGGCGGCGGGCUUCGCUUCGCCGCCCUACCAGUUCCGUGACAAGUGGUGCAUCCACCAGGCGGAUGGCCGCGUGGAGCCGCCUGACGCGACCAUACGAGAGAAGCUGAUGGGCUUCCCGGAGGGCCACACCGUGCCGUGCAUGACGAGCAGCCAGGCGAAGGCCGAGCCCGCCAAGUACGAGGCUCUUCGGCGGUCGCUCGUGGGCAACACCUUCCAGUGCGAGGUCGUGGCCUGGAUCAUCAGCCACAGGGCCGUCGGAGCUGGGCUGCUGGUCUCGGUGCCCUCGCUGGGUGAGCUGCAUGAGAGUGCGCGAGCCUGGGCUGGUGGCAGGAAGCUGUGGGCCGGCGACGUGACGUCGCUGCGGUGCGGUCGCUCCGAGAUCGACGAGGGCCUGCGCGCCAAGCUGGACCAGGCUGGCGGGCCCAUCUACGUGGGCCGUGGGUCUCGCCGCUGGGGGCUGGCUGCCUCGCGGUGGGGCAACCCUUUCACGAUCUGCCCCGAGCGGUCACGCGAGGACGCUGUUGCCCUGUUCGCUGGUUGGAUCCGCACGCAGCCCACCUUCCUGCAGAGCUUGGAGACGCUGCGCGGGGCCCUACUGGUCUGUCACUGUGGGCCCGACCAGGCGUGCCAUGCCGACAUCCUCUUGGCGGAGUUGGCGAAGCGUGACGUGGUGGAGUGGCGCGAGGUGGACGCGUCCAGACGCAUCGUCAUGGGGCUCGUCAUGGCGUGCCACAACAACGGAGCAGACAUCAGGACCGAUGGCGCCUCGGAGGCGCUCGGCAAGAUCUUCCCGCGGCAGGAGAUCGACUCAGGCUUUUGGCGGUGGCGCAAGGCAAGGCAGCUAGUGUGGGAUGCCGCAGAGCACAUCAACGUUCUUGAGUGCCAGGGCGCGCUGAUGAUGAUUCGAUGGCGGGCGCGGUCGGUGCGCCGCCAUCAGUGCGUCUUCCUGCACCUGCUCGACAGCAUGGUCAACAUCGGUGCGCUGUCCAAGCACCGUUCCAGCAGUCCUCAGCUCAACAAGGUGGUGCGGACCUUCUCGGCGUGGGAGCUUGCGAUGGGCGCGCGGGCGGUCUUCGGCUUCACGUCGUCGGCUCGCAACCCCGCGGACGCCCCCUCGCGUCUCCGCGAUGGGAUAAAGGCCUCGACACUGGCCCGCUACCGUGGCGCCGCUCAGCGUUUUGUUGACUACCUUGCUUCCAAUAACCUGUCGCUGCCUUUCACCUGGGACGAUAUUGAUAUCUGCCUGCAAGAUUAUCUCGAGCACUUGUGGGCCGAGGGCGCCACAAAAGGAGAAGCCAAUGACACCCUCAGCGGCGUGCAGCACCUGCUGAGGACACGACGCCGCUAUCCUGGCGCUUGGCAGCUGCUGACAGUCUGGGGCAGACUGGAGAUCCCUCAGCGCGCGCCGCCGAUGCCUGCCCAGGUGUGCACGGCGCUCGCCGGUUGGGCGCUCAGCCGCGGAGAGGUGGCCUUCGCGGCCGUGCUGCUCGUGGCCUUCCAUCUCUGUCUCCGCGCUGGCGAGGUUUUGGGGCUGAGCGGCGGCGUCAUCUUUCUGAAGCCCUGUGGCCGAGGCGUGGUGUCGUUGCCCUGGACCAAGACCUCUUGCCAGAAGGGCGCGCGGGAGCAAGUCACGCUUGACGACCCGCUGGUUGGGGCAGUCGUCCAUAUGCAGCUCCAGCGUGACAGCCGGCUCUGGCCUGGCACGACGCGCGCCUUUCACGACGUGUUCCGUGCUGGGCUCCAGCAGAUCGGUUGCAGGCACCUCGCCCUGUCUCCUUGCAGCCUGAGGCGCGGAGGUGCCACGCAUGAGUUCCCGCUGUCGGGCGACUUGUCUAAGGCGCCCUCCUCGAAGAAGGUCAGCCCCCUCCAGACGGGUCCCGCCGCUCCGGCCGGAGCGGUGGCGCUGGCCGCCGCGUUCGCGGUGCGGGCCGCGGCUGCCGCCGCGCCGGUCGGGAAGAAGGCGCCGCCCAAGGCGACGUGCCCCGACCAGCUCAGGAUCGCCGGCUUCGAGGGCGCCCCCAAGGGAGCCGUGUCGAUAGUGCCGACCGGCUGGAUGGACCCCUUCGGGGCAGUGGAGGUAGAGGUGCGGCACGGCUCCGAGAUCGUGCCGCAAAUGAGCAGCAGGUCCUACUUUGCCAGCACCUGCAACGCGGGGAAGUACAACAACACCGAGUACGUCAGGAUGCCGCUGCUGGGCAAGACGCUGCGGUACAAGAUGGACGUCAAGGGUGCCGGCUGCGGCUGCAACGCGGCGUUCUACCUCACCUCGAUGGGCCACAACGAGCACGAGUCCGAGUGCUUUGACUACUAUUGCGACGCCAACAACGUGUGCGGGCAGACCUGCGCCGAGAUCGACAUCCAGGAGGCCAACAUGUAUGCCUUCCACGCGACGCUGCACGGAGCAAAGGAUGCGUUCGGCGUUGCCGCGGGUGAGGGCGGUGGCGGCCCGGGAUGGAACGGGCCCCGCGACUGGGGGAAGGACGACUACGGCCCUGACUCCAAGUGCAUCGACACGAAUUUUCCGUACGAGGUGGCCGUGUCAUUCCCCACGGACGAGAGCACCGGAUCUCUCGAGGCAAUGUGGGUCUCUCUGUCGCAGGACAAGGGGGCCAGUCCGUGCAGGAUCUCGCUGAACCUGGACAGCUACGACCGCAUGCAGGAGAUGACCACGGAGCUGAAGCGGGGCAUGACGCCGAUCGUCAGCUACUGGGCCGACGACGACAUGCUGUGGCUGGACGGCCCCGGUGACGACCAUGCGGGCCUGUGCCCCCGGGACGACAAGAAGAAGUGUGCGGAGUCGGUGCGAUUCUUCGACUUCUCCAUCGCCGACAUCUCCGACGAGGACUCGCCCGUCCCCUCGAGCAGGCCCACCGAGCAGAAGCCCGCCAGCGACGUCGGCGCCUGGAACUGGGAGGCGAGCGACAGCACCACCGCCUCGACGCCGGCGCAGCCGCCGGCGAUGGAGCCGCCAGGCUCCGAGAGCCCACCGUCCUCGACCAUGCAGACCAUCGGCUCGCUGGGCUGGGACUCCGACGACGAGGGUGUCGCCACGGACCUUGAUCGCGGCAGCGUUGUAGAGGGGGGGCAGUGCGUGGAGUUCGACAACUGGAGGAAGGCGGUGGUUGGCGGCAGGGCUGUUCAGAUGAGUCUCGGCAAGGCGGGCUACGGCGUGAAGACGUCGUGGGAGCAUUGCCGCCGCCUCUGUGUGGAGGACGAGAAGUGCAAGCAGGUUGUCUUCUACAAGCCCUCCGGCGCCUGCUUCGGCACCACCGAGGCCCAGGGCCACGACCAGGACAACAUGGGUGGCUCCAACGUCGACUUCAUCUCGGCGCAGUGCAACGACGCAUGCGCGGAGUUCAACAACUGGCGCAAGAGCGAGGCUGGCGAUGAGAUAUCACUGGGGAAGCACAAGUACGGCGACGUCGCCGAGGACUGGCCCACGUGCCGCGACUGGUGCGCGGCCGAGGAGAAGUGCAAGCAGGUGGUCUACUACAGGCCCGAGCGCAAGUGCUACGGCAUGAGCGGGACAUCGGACGACGACGAGGACAACAUGGGCGGCAACAACCCGAACUUCGUCUCCGCCCACUGCCGCCAGGCUGGCGCUGCCGCUGGGUCGGAGCUCGCGAGCCUCCUGCACGGCAUGGACACGGACGACGACAUCGUCGUCAUGCAGAAGAAGCACGCUGGCCUCUCUGGGCCGGCUGUACCGGCAGAAGACAGCAGGAGGUGGCUGGUCGCCUGCAGCGGCGCCGCUGCGCUCGCCGCCCUGGCGGUCUGCGGGGUUGCCGCCGCCGGCGCCAAGCGGAGACGGCACUUGCAUGCCGCCACGCCCAUGGAGACCUUGCGGCGCAUCGCGAGCGGAGGGGAGGUGGCCUCCGCAGACCACGGCCUGCUGCGCGUCAACUUCAGCGCCGAGCGCCUGCUGGAGGUCGGGGGCCAGGCGCCCAGCAAGCGGGGCCUCCCGGGCGUCGCGGAGGGGGCCGUGGUGGAGAUGCCGCCGCUGUGCCUCUGAGCGGGGCGGCGCGGGCGCCCCUCUCUGAAGUCCCUGAGCCAGGGGGGGGUUCAUUUUGGGCGUCGUCAGACUGUUGGUAUUGGAUGUUUGCCCGUGUGACUUUCUUGUUUCACGAGAAGUUCUCCAGUUCCAGCCUUUUCGGUUGGGCACCAGCUCUUGCGGCUCGGCUGCAGGCUUUUACGGUCUACGUCUGGCGCGGUGCGCAUUUGAACAAACGCCCUUGCCAGACUAGUAUACAGGCACUUUUUGUCCCAGCCAGCGUCUGAACGAGGAGGCUUCGCAUUCGAAGCUCAAGGUUCAGAGCACGCACAGAUGCACGCACAUGGUGGAAGGUGACGGUCUGGCUGUCCGCCUCAGCGUCCCCCACAAAUUCGAGCUUCUCUAGACCUGUAGAAAUUCGAUCUAGUCAGCAGGGUGCAUGGUCAUUUGGUUCAAGACAGCCUGGCACCAUUUGAAGCAGGGCCUCAGCAAUCCUGACCCUGUGUCGAUUUCAACAUGUAGCCAGCUGAUGCCCUUUCCGUGAGAGCCGCCCCGCGGUGCCAGUGAACUCAGGCUUCCACAACAACCGCUGCUGGAGGCCUCCCAUGAAGGAGGAGUAUGUACGCUGCUAGCAGCAAUCCGCGCGUGCCAGACGAAAGUGUGCCUGUAAAUGGCCACGCAGCACCGCACGCCAGGGACAGGAUCGAUGCAAGUGUGCUGCCGCGCAGGUGCGCCACACGCGCAGAGAAGCGCACUGAGCGCGCUUACGCUCAAACGCAAAGACACGAACGGGGGCC